AUGAAGAUUGCAGUGUUGUGCCUUUUUGUGUUUUCGUUCGUCGCUGUGAAUUCAGCACCGAAUUUUGACUGCCUGAAGGAUUUACCCGAUUGCGAAGACCUUCUUCAUCCAAAAUGUGAUGAUGACUGCGACGAUCAAAAACCAAAACCUCAACCAACACCAAAACCAGAAGAUGACUGCGAUGAACAACCGCACAAACCAAAAUAUGAUGACUGCGACGAGCCAAAGCGAGAUCCUUGUGAUGACAAGCACAAAGGCGGACACCACACCGAGAGCCAAGCUGGUGCCCGCUCUGGCGCAGGUGACUUCGGCAGUUUCUCGGAUGCGUUUGCGCAUUCUAAAAGCUUUCAAUAG